CAGACCCCAACGACUUUGACGCACCGAAACACCGACCGCAUCCCGUCCCCCCCUUCUUUUACCUCUUUCCUCCUCCCAAUCAUCGUCCACCUCUCUCUCUUCUCUCUGUCUCUCUCUCUCUUUUCUUCUGCCCAUCGCCCAACUCAUUCCGUCUCCGGUACUCUGAGCCUUUCGGGAUCUCAUCAAACAGGGUUAGGAUUCGUGUCGGAACGGUUUAAAGAUCGAGCGAGCGCCGGGGCCGUGCGGUUCUGGCCGGGAGGAAAGCUCGGUUCUUGAUUCUAGUGGUGUGCUGCGAUCGGGGUUUCUUUAGUAAACUUCAACGCGGUGGCAGCCGGAAAGAUUUUACGUUGACCGUUACUCUAACUAAUCUGAAGGUCUUCUGACGUUUCUUGGCUGCAGGCAUGGGCUGUCAAGCAGCUCAAUUUGUGCGAUCAGGCAACCGAUAAGCAUUGGUCCGGAAGUAACUGUUUGCCAGGCAAUAGUACAAGAAAUAUGCAUAUUCCAUUUUAUGCCCAAGCAGAUGCAGUCAACAAUGAUCAUCAGUUCUCAAGUGAACUUAUGGCAGCUGAUGCAAGGCCACCUAACACAGGCUAUGUGCUUGAAAAUGGUGAUGUUGGCCUUUCGGCUCGGACAUCUGAUUCUUUAAUGAGGCAUGAAUUUCAAAUUGAUUCUGGUUCCAGUAAAAGAGCCAAAGUCAACAACCGCAUAUUGGAUCCAGAAAUCAUGGAACUUUACUAUAGAUCCCACAUUCAGGAAGAAGAGAUCCUUCUUCUUCGUAAGCAAAUCACUGACGCUAGCAUUAAAGAACUUCAGUUACUUAAUGAGAAGCAUAUUUUGGAGAGGAAGCUUUGUGAAUUGCGGAUAGCACUUGAUGAGAAGCAGGAUGAUGCAAUAGCUAGUGCCUUGAAAGAAUUGACUAAAAAGAGAAGCUAUUUUGAAGAAAACUUAAGAUUGGCCAAUAAUCUUAAGGUUGUAGAGGAUGAGAUGUAUGUACUAACUUCGUCAUUGCUAAGUCUAUUAGCUGAAUAUGACAUACGACCCCCUUCAAUCACUUCUUCUACAAUCUCCUCUUGUGUAAAGCAAUUAUACCAGCAUAUGCAAUGGAAGAUUAGAUCUUAUGGUAAUUUUGGUGAUAUGAACCAUCUCUUAGGAAAUCAACCUGAUAACCUGGUGGUUGAUAAGAAGCUUCAACAUCCAAGUUCUUCAAGAAAACAAUUGCCUCAUGCUUAUGUGGAACCAAUGAUACGUGAGCUUCGCCUAUCUGAUCAAUAUCCUAUGAAUCUGCAUAGCAAAUCUGCAUCUAAUCAGUUGAGAGCUACCCAAGAGUAUGAAAGAAUGGAUAUAAAGGAUGCAAAUAUUGUUAAUGAGAAGCUAAGGGAUUUACCAUCUGAUAUUCAUAUGGAGGUUGGUGGUACUGGUGCUCCAAAUUCCUUUGAAGGUUAUGCUCAUGAGGAGACAAUUAGAUUACCAGAUACUGAUGCCCAAUUGCAUAUGGUGACAAAUCGUGGAUCCUUUAUUUCAGAAGCAGGUGAAUUUGACUUGCCAAGUAUAGAAGGGUUUCAGAUAUAUGGUGAGGCUCAACCAGGAUGUAAGUUACAAGCCUGUGGAUAUCCGACAAAUGGUACUACUCUUUGCACCUUUCAGUGGAUUCGUGAACUUGAUAAUGGCACUAGGCAGUAUAUUGAAGGAGCUACUGUUCCAGAAUAUGUGGUAACUGCUGAUGAUAUUGGCACUUUUCUUGCUGUAGACUGCACUCCCAUUGAUGACAGUGGCCGUCAGGGUCAUCUUGUGCGGCAGUUUGCCAAUAAUCAUAGCAAAAUAACAUGUGACCCAGAGAUGCAGCAUGAGAUCGAUGCCUAUAUUUCUGCAGGUAGAGCAAUAUUUGAUGUCAAAUUAUGGAAUGAUUCUAUCGACUGGGAACAAGCGGUUCUGAUCGUGAAACGUUCCACCUAUCUGAUUAUGAUCAAACAUACAGACAGAGUGGUAAUGGAAGAAAAAUAUUCACCCGAGCUAAAAAUCAAAGUUCCACUUGGGUACACAACCCAGUUUGUGUUGACCUGUUCAGAUGGAACUAAUCUACCACUUAGAACUGAUGGGACUAGUCAGCCAUAUAACUUGGAGAAUGAUGUUAGGCUACGUGAUAUGAUUGUGUUGACCAUGAGAUGCUUCCAGUCUAAGGUAGAUACUAAUGCCGAUGAGAUUCUUAGUGUAAAUGCUCCUUCAUGCAUUACAGCUACUGGCUGUUGAUGCUAAAAGAAAAGUCAAGGCCUAGAUGAUAUGGUACAAUUUUUUUUUGUUUGAACGUUUAGAGGCAAGUAAGUGUACGGUCAACUUUUCUUUUUUUUUCUCUAUUUUUAAAGUGUUUUCUGUUUUUGAGUUUCAAUAAUGUGGGUUGUGUAUAGUUUUCCGCCCUGUGUUGUCAUAAAUUCAAGCAAGGAUUACGGUGAGAGGAUGGUUUUUUCGUGGAUCUGUUUUGUGUUCUUAAGCAAAUUAAAGUUAUUCUUUUGAUUA